GGCAGCACCCGCAACCGGCCCGGCCACCUCAACGCAAUUUGGGGCUACUGGAGCACUGACGGUCUGGGCUUGUAUGAGUACAUGCUGCUGGCCGAGGAGUUGGGGGCAGAGCCUGUUUGGGUAGUGAAUAAUGGGAUUAGUCACCGGGAGGGCAUCCCCACAGCUCAGAUCGGCCCCUGGAUCGAGGAUGCGCUGGAUGCGAUCAACUUCAUCACCGGCCCGGCGGACAGCAGGUGGGGCGCAGUGAGGGCCCGCAUGGGACGAGAGCAUCCCUGGAACCUCACCUACCUUGCUAUUGGGAACGAGGCAAGGCUUACUCUACUCUGCCUAACACAAGCACAUGCAACAUCCCCCUCAACACUUUCUCUAGCCUCUUGUGCUGACCAGGACUGUGGACACCCAUCGUACAUAGGCAACUACAUCUCCUUCUACUUUGCCAUCAAGGCCCGCCACCCCCACAUGCAGCUCAUCGCCAACUGCCCCUUGGGCAAUGCUGCGCCCACAGACCUCUUUGACUGGCACAUCUACACCAGCACAGGGGACAUGUUUGAAAAGCGGCAUGCGUUCGAUGGCAUGGUGGCAGGGAGGGACCCCUAUGUCUUUGCCAGCGAGUACGCGGUCCUCCAAGACGGCGGCUGGGGCAACCUACAGGCGGCUGUGGCGGAAGCGGCGUUCAUGACGGGCCUGGAGGCGAACUCCGAGGUGGUGCGCAUGGCGUCGUACGCGCCGCUCUUCGUCAACACCAAUGCGCGCUUGUGGAGCCCCGACCUCAUCAGCCCUGAUAUGUGUAGGUGGUAUGGAACGCCGUCGUACAUUGUGCAGCAGCUGUUUUCGCAGCACCUGGGCGUAAUCUACAUGGCCACGACUGUGCAG